GAGCCAGAUAUUUUAGAUUUGCUUGAAGGUGGCACUGUUAUGCAAGAACCAGUUGAUGAAGGUACAAUGGACAUUAGGGAAGGUUGUGUGACACAAAAUUCACAACCAGCCCCAAAUUUUCAUGAAGCUCCAAAAACAGCAGCUGAAGGUGAUGCUGAUAAAACAGAUGCACUGCAUGGAGGUGAUGCAGCCCAACAAGAAGAUCUACAGAACAAUGAUCAUGAUGAUGAGGAGUUGCCUGAUAUUGUGCAUAAUGAUGCAGAUGAUGAGGAUAGUGGGGAAGGCCGUGUGACACAAAAUUCACAACCAGCCCCAAAUUUUCAUGAAGCUCCAGAAACAGCAGCUGAAGGUGAUGCUGAUGAAACAUAUGCACUGCAUGGAGGUGAUGCAGCCCAACAAGAAGAUCUACAGUACAAUGAUCAUGAUGAUGAGGAUUUGCUUGAUAUUGUGCCUAGUGAUGUAGAUGAUGAGGAGGUGCUUGAAUCUAUUCGCAAUAAAAAGAAACAUAAAGCCAGUGUAAGUGCAAGAAAAAAUGCAGAUGGUGCUGGACCAAGCGGCACAGUCCAUGACUCGCCUACCACAGUUAAUGAAGAGGGUGAAAGAGUUCCUAUAGGAACUGAUGACCAUGGAGAUUUGGGUUCUGAUUCUAGCUUUGAAAAUAGUGAAGAUGAAUUUGAGGUUUCUAGUGAUGAUUCAGGUGAGUACAAUGUUGCAGAUGAACAUGAACUUGAAGAAGAAGAAGAUGUAAGAAGUACUAGAAGUAGUGAUUUAUGGUUUAAUCCUUCAUGGACUACUGUUUGGUUUAAGGUAGGGAUGAGGUUUGAGCAUAUAGCACAGUUUAAGGAGGCUAUAGCUAAAUACCAGAUUCAAAAAGGCUGGGUUCAUGUUUCAAGGGAUAAGUGUAAACUAGAAAAGGAAAGGAUUAUGAAGGAGGUGAAGGAAACUCACACGAAGGAAUUUGCUCAGUUAAGAGGGUAUGCAGAAGAGCUGUUGAGAUUGUCCCCUCAGUCAAAUGUUCAAAUUGACAUAAUUGGAGUAGAUGCUUGUUUCCUCAAGGGGAUGUUCAAGGGAACUAUUUUGGCAGCUGUUGCAAGGGAUGGGAACAAUCAAAUGUUCCCAAUAGCUUGGGCUGUUGUUGACUCAGAGUCUACCAGCUCAUGGACAUUUUUUUUUAGAUGUCUAGCUGAUGAUCUAUCAAAUCACACUGGGCAAGAUUUAACGUUCAUUUUGGACCAACAUCCUGGGUUGAUUAAUGCAAGACAAACAGUUUUCCCCGAGGCUAGGCAUAGAUUGUGUGCCAGGCAUUUAUAUGCCAAUUGGCAAAAAAUGUUCAGAGGGAAACUAUUGAAGAAAAGAUUCUGGAUUGCUGCAAGGUCAACAUAUGAAGGUAAAUUCAACAAAAACAUGGAGGAGAUCAGAAAUUUAUCAGUGGAAGGUCAUGAUGCCUUAAAAUCAAUCCCACCAGAGUUGUGGUGCAAGGCAUUCUUUGACACAUCAUGUAAAUGUGAUGUCGUGAAUAACAACAUGAAUGAGACCUUCAACAAUUGGAUAAUGGAUGCCAGGUAUAUGCCAAUCAUCCAACUGUUAGAAUAUAUAAGGGUUAAGGUGAUGGUUAGGAUGGCUAAGAACAGAGAAGAAAUCAACAAAUGGAAAGGAGAUAUAGCACCCAGAAUUAGGAAGAAAUUAGAAGCACAUAAGAUUGAAGCUGCCAAAUGCAGAUGUGAAUGGAAUGGUAGGACCCAUUAUGAUGUUUGGCAUUGGAAUGACAAAUUUGUUGUGGAUUUGAUUGGGAUAAAUUGUAGUUGUAGAGCAUGGGAUUUAACAGGAAUUCCAUGUCCUCAUGCAUUGUCUGCGAUAGGUUUAGGUAACUUCGACCCGGAUGAAUUUGUAUCAAUUUGACACAAAAGGGUUAAGUAUGAACGUGCAUACAAUGUACCAAUCAUGCCUUGUAAUGGUGAGAAAUUCUGGGAAAAUUAUCAUGGGGAGCCACUAGAACCACUGCCAUUUAGAUGUAAGCAGGGUAGGCCGAAGGUGAAUAGGAGGAAGGGUGAUAAUGAAACCAGAAAAGUGAA